AUGGCGCUGCCGUUCUGGCGUGCGCUGCGUGGAAGACCGGUGUUUGCGUUUUAUGGAAUCGCGCUGCGGCGGUAUAGGCGACGAACGGGCACGCGCGCGUUCGAGGAGGCGACGGGACGGGCGGCGACGCUCACGGAGGCGUUGCGGGACGCGGCGCCGGCGUUGGCGAAGGAGUUAGCGUCCUUCGUGCGAAACGUGUGCGAGGGAGUCGAGGGGGGGGGAGAGGGGAAGAUGGGAGAUCGACAGCCGAGCGAACGAUUGCGAGACGCGGGAUGGGGGUGGAUACCGUUGCACGACGAGACGCUGGACGCGGCGAGUCGGUUGGCGAUGAGGUGCUUUCCAAAUGCCACGGCGGCGAUGAGCUCGGUUGGGGGAUUCAACGGGAAGAUUUGGGUGCUGCGUCCAGGCGCGGGCGGGGCGACGAGCGUCACCGGGCGCGUCACGACGGGACUCUCGGACGGGUACUGGAGAGCGCACGUCGUCCUGGCUCGAGACGCAGGACUCCACGGGAAAGCUGCGGGUUUGCGAUCGGGCGACGAGACGCGCGAACUCGAGAUGGGAUCGAUACACAUCGUGAAUGACUUCCAUCCGAGCGCGUUUUGGAACGUGUCCAGGGACGCCGGGUUGGUGUUGCUGUCAUUUGAUGUGGCCACGCCGGAGUACGAAUCGUGUCGCUCAGCGCUGGUGGAAACGCGAGCUAGGCUCACUCGUGCUUUCGGCGCGACGUCCGACGAUUACGGCGCGGAGUCGAACUUGAUCGCGUACAUGUGGCGCGUGUUCUCGCUCACGCUCAUCAGCAAUCUCUCUUAG